AAGAGUGCACCUGUAGGGGGCAGCAGCAUGUCCCUCUGACAGGACCGCUGAGUGGAGGAGGGAGCUGCUGUUAACCAAAACAAUCGAUGCCAAGUGUGUGAGUGGGAAAUCUGUCUCGUAAUCGCUGAAAUGUCUUUCACUUUCUGUGCUUCCCCGACAUGUCUAACAUACAUUUAGGCUAAAGAUCUAUUUCGUUCGUUUUUGAGAAAUGAAAAGCUGGGGGAGAAAACAAAACACGUGUCAAAACAAGUUCCAUCAUGUAUAUGUGCCUGGAGGAAACAGGCCACGCUGGUGUCUGCCCGUCAUUUGGUGAACUCUCCUCCCUCAGACUCCAAUCAUCACAUGCUGCCAAACGAAAGGUCAGACUCCCUCUCCCCUCUUUUUAUCCACGCUGCUCAACGCAGUGAAACGCUUUCAAAGGAACCUGUGGGCGGAAAUGUUCAACUGAAGCAUCCAAACAUGCCUUCACUUUGGGAGAAAAACGGACAAAUCUGCGCCUGAAGACAGGUUUCUUGAAACAGCGUUUGACGCACAGCGCGUUUUUUAUUUUACUUUUGCGCGUUUGCUUCCAACGAAUAUACUGUGAACGACGAGUCAAUGGAGUCAUCGCUGGAGUUUUCCAGCUCUCUGGGCAGCGUGUCCUCCCUGAUAACCCGCCACAGGACAUUUAAAGUGCUGGUGAUAGGAGACUCCGGGGUGGGGAAGACCUGCCUCACACACCGACUCUGCGCCGGAGAGUUUCCCCGCAGAGUGGAGGCCACCAUCGGCGUGGACUUCCGCGACAGACUGCUGGAUAUCGAUGGAGAGAAAAUCAAGCUCCAGCUGUGGGACACAGCGGGACAGGAGCGUUUCCGAAAGUCCAUGGUGCAACACUACUACCGUAACGUCCACGCUGUGCUCUUUAUAUAUGACGUCACCUGCCCUGCCAGCUUCAGCGGCCUGGCUUCCUGGAUAGAAGAGUGCCGGCAGAACUCCCUCGGUCAGGAUAUCCCCAGGUUCCUGGUGGGGAAUAAGAGUGACCUCCGUGACCCCCGCAGGGUUGAGGGCCAGGUGAGCCAGGAGCAGGCCAUUAGCUUCGCCAAAGCCCACAACAUGAUGUUUUUCGAGACGUCCGCCAAGAACCCUCCAAACAAAUGCGUGAGCGGUCGACGAAGAGAUGGGGAGGUGUCGUAUCAGCAGGAUAAGGUGGAGGACAUUGUUGCUGCUGUCGGCGCCAAACUGAGGAGACAGAAGAGACCUUCAGCAGCAAACGCCCUGGUGCACAACGGCUCCUUCAAAAUCCCGAACAAGAAGAGACCAGACAAGGAGAUGUGGAUCUGCUGCUGAGAGAAUGAUGGAACUGUUUCAGGUGGAAGAAUGUGAAUUUUUGGUGUGUGUGUGUGUGUGUGCGCGCGCGUGUGCGUGUGCGUGUGUGUGUGAGAGAGGGAGGGAGUAAGAGAAUGACCAUACCGUGUAUUACAUUCAUUGUUGACCAAAGCCCAAAAAUGCAAACCUUUUACAUUUGAAAUAAAGUUGCUGUUGCUCCCACAGAACUUUACUAUUUAUACUCUUAAAAAAGUGUGUUUAUUUGUGAUAUUACUGUUUACAAUACCUGCACAAUAAAAGACUGUGAACGUAAAACAUCA